AUGGGUUGUGAAGAAACAAUCAUUGUGGCAGUCACCUUGGAUGACUACAACAUGUGCCACAAUAUGGCGUUGAGAAAGAUGUCCAUGUUUCAGCGUGGAUACUCGGUACAAAUACUCCAAGUCCACUCGCCAUACAAGUACAAGCUCACCAUGGAGGAACAGGAUAACCUCAGAGUGAUCCAGCUGGCCUACAAUGCCGCAGACAAGUUCAAGAUCUACAAAUGGUCCAAUGGCUGGAUCUGGCUGUAUGGCCACACAAUGCACCUUGAGACGAUGAUGCAGAUCAAGGGUGAGAACAAUCAUCAGACAAUUCUCAACAUGGCCCUCGACCACCUGGGUCAAUACGGCCAGAGCUGCUUGCCACAAGCAGUACAACUCAGCCUCCAGAAAUACAAGGCUACAAACGGAAUCGACACCUUCCAUGUGACGAUUCCAAGUCGCCAACAAAAGGGGCAUGAAGAUCAUGCACAAUAUGUCAAAGAGAAGACAAAGAUGAUCGAGAAAGAGAAGUCUGAUGAGGAGACCAUAGUCCAAGAGACAAAACGUCCUCGAACAACGGCUGAUGAAAACUUGUCUUGCUGUGCUUCUUGCUCUUGCUGUCCUUCUUGUUUUUUUUGCCGGUCUUUCUGGGUUUCCUUCCACGCUUCAAACUCUUACCUUGCUUGGUGCGCAUUGCAUGCUGCAAGCUCGGUGUGA